AUGGACGCAAAACUCACCGUCGCCGACAAGAUGGGCCGUGGGCUCACCAACGGCAUCUACUUCGUAACUCGCAAGUGGAAGAUGAUGAUGCUAGGCUAUAUCUUCAUCAUCUCAAUCGGUAGCGCUCUUCUCUACUUUCACGAUGGUUCGUCUCCCUCCCCUCUGUCCCUCUCCCUACCCUUCCCUCUGCUCUCCCAUUAUCAUCAACUAACACCACCAGAACAACAGCCCUCCCUCCAGACCCGAAGCUGGGGCGGUUUCAAAGAACGCCCCCUCACAGAGAGAUGCUACCGCCAAGAACGCACCGCCAUGAUCCUCUCCCUCCUCUUCGGAGUUAUCGGUGUCGACCAGUUCUACGCGCAUCACUGGCCUCUCGCUGUGUUCAAACUCUUCACUCUCGGUGGAGCGGGAGUCUGGGCGUUUGUGGAUAUGAUUCUUUGGAUUGUGGGUGGUGUGUACGGGACGCCUGGAUGUCCUGGGGGGAGUUCCAAGGAAUGGCAGUAUUAG